AUGGGGUGCGGCAAGUCUAUUUUGAUCACUCUCAGGGCUCUGGCCUUGAUUGUCGUUCUGGGAGUCACUGGAUUGGGCGGUUGGUCCAUUUUCACUAUUCGCGAUAUCCAGGCCCGUAGUGAUGCGAUUCUCGAUAGUGUUGAGUUUGGAUCACAAGAGAUGGAACAACUCUGGGCGAGGUUUUUCGAUGCUGUGAUCAGCGGCGCAAUCAGGACAUGGAUUUCCAUCGGUUUAACUGCUCUUGCUUCCGUGAUCAGUAUCGUAUUGGUCUUCGCAACAAUUCUGCCUCCCAUCCGAAUCCGCUCGGCAAUCAUGGUCCCCUUGGAAUGUCUGGGAAUGUGCGCUGUUGGAGCAGCAGUUGGUAUCUCUCUGAGUUUCGCUUUGAGCGUGAAUGCUUUCGGCGCGAGAGUUCUUGAUACAUCCGCUUCCCCAGAACUCAGGAGGCUCGCCAUGCUGGUAGGCCUCAGUAUGGUUCACUUCAUCACAGCCGGUGCCGGAUGGCUUCUCUUUCUGAUCGCAUUCAUCGUCGCCACUGUAGAUGCAUGCAGACGCGCUCGAGAGAAGGAAAGCUGCUCCUUUGAACCAACGGCAUCUGCGCUUGGAAUAUCUCACGGAUACGCCACGACUUUCCCUCCUCAGUCGCCCUACCGUAUGCCAAGUAUCUACGAUCCGGAAGUAGCUCUGAACAUGAACGAUGCAACAGCCUCAGCAUGGAACAUUUCUCAGGCCAAAGAGUUGGUGGGGAGGGAUCCAGGAAUGAGCCGUGCAGAGUCGAUUGUGAGCCAGGAGGGCAGGUUGUCAAUCGGAUCUGAUAUGAGUAGUAUCUCCGGUCCUUUGGGUCUGCAGAAGCCAGAACGAGCACAGCCAGCCCGGCCAGCCCGGCCAUCAAGACCAUGGAGUGGAGCUUCUAGCAUAAGGAGUGGAGUCUCUAGCAUCAAGAGCGGAGUCAUACACGCAAUAUAA